UACAAAGUUGAAACUUGAAGUGCAUGUUAAAUGUUUCUCUAACCUUAAAAGUUAUAAACAUGCAGAAAAUUAAAAGAAAAAGUGAAGAAUAUGCCGAAUCUUCGCCAAAGAAAAAAAAGGUAAAGUUUGAAGAACCUAAGAAUGAAAUAAAAGAAGCGACAAAUAUAAAGAAAGUGGACAAAAAAGAUUCAUUAAAGAAAUUCGAAAAAGACAAUACAAAGAAAUCAAAGAAAACGUUUUUAAAAAAGGGACAAACGAACGAAAAAUCUAAAUUUAAUAAAGACAAAUUUGGUAAUAAAAGUGGAAAGCACGGUUUCAAUAAAGAUAAGAAUGCUAAAGGUUCCGAGCAAAAAGAGAAACCGAAAUGGUCAGAGAUGAAAAAGGAGAAAAAAAAUUUAAGACUGGAGAGGCGUAAAGCUAAAGCCACCGCUGAAAUUUUUGAAAUAUCACAUAAGGCAAAGCUAUUAUCGGCACAAAUACAAAGGAAAGUGGUAAAACAAGAUUUUAGGGAAAACUCUUGUAAAGAACUACAUGGACUUCUAAAGGGCCAGUAUAAGUCCAUAGCAUUAACCCAUGACUUAAGUAGAGUUAUUCAGGUUCUUCUCAAAUAUGGCAAUGAAGAAAUAAAGAAUGAGGUCACUAGAGAGGUGAUAGAUAUAAUGGUGCCUAUGAUGCAGUCCAAGUAUGCACAUCAUUCAGUAAAGCGAAUAUUGAAGUAUGGCACAGAUAAUUUACGACAUGAAGUAAUAAGUAAAAUGUUUGGUCAUGUUGUGUCAUUAGCGUCUCAUACUAUUAGUGCUCCUGUGUUAGACUAUGCAUGUGGAGAAUUUGCAAAUAAAAAAGAGAAACUGUACAUGCAGCAAGAGUUUUAUGGGGACAUGUAUAAAAAUACUAAAGAUGACAAAGUUAAAACAUUAAACGACACAUACAAAGAUAGCCCAGAAAUGAAGUCCGCCAUUUUGCAGUCUUGUAAAGUUAAUAUACAAAAGAUUCUUGAUAAAAAUCUUCAUGAUAGUGAGAUAUUACAUUCAGUUUUAUAUGACUACAUAAGAGAAUGCUCUGCUGAAGAGAGAGUAGAAUUAAUAUCAACUUUGAGUCCACUGAUUGUGCCUCUCAGUAACUCUCUGCCAGGAGUAAAUGCAGCCAGCAUAUGUGUUUGGCAAGGAACUAACAAAGAUAAAAAGACAAUUUUAAAAGUUGUGAAGGAACAUGUGGUGGCAUUAAGUAAACACAAGACUGGAUAUAGGUUACUGAUUGCAAUAUUUGAUUCAGUUGAUGACACAGUGCUUGUAAAAAAAGCUAUUGUGUCCACAAUUGCUACAAAUUUCAAGGAUAUAGCAAAAGAUCAUUGGGGUAAUAUGACAUUGCAUUGGCUUGUAAAACCAAAAGAUCCAGCAGCAUUUCAUCCAAGUUUCAUAAAAUUCCUUGAAGAGGGUGUCCACAGCGGGACAUCCAAGAAGGACACAGAAAUUCGUGUGUCAGAGCUCCGUGAAGCAAUUUUACCAGUUCUGAAGGAAGAUAUGGCUAGUGAUGCAGAGUUCUGGCUUAAUAGCAAGGCAGCUAUGUUGCUGGCACUGGCUGUGCUCUCUAUUGAAUCAUCUAAAAAUAUAGUAGAAGCGUUUGCUAAAGCGAUCUGUCGGCCUGACUGGAAAAUAAAGGUGAACAAUGAGGAAGUGUUGGCAGUAGAAGAUGCUGGAAUACACAUGUGUUUGAAGAAACUAGCUCUUAUGGACAAGAGUGCCGAGUACAGCCUUGGCGAGUCUAUUUGCCAAUUUUUGGAUGGUGAUGCUAUUGAAAAAUGGGUGGCAACAAACCGUGGCUGUUUCUUUAUUCUUAAACUAAUUGAAAACAAUCAAGAAAAGGUUGUGAAGUUAUUAAAAAAGAAAAUUUCUUCACACAAGAAUAUUUUGAAAAUGCAAACAUCUGAGGGAGCCAAGUUACUGUUACAGUCACUCGAAAAUAAAUAAAAUACUACAUUGUAAUAAAUUUAUUAACAUCA